AUGGUACAUUUAAGGAAUUAUAAAGACGGACUGAUGCUUAAAGCGCACUUUACAAUCGAUAAAAGACAGUUGCAUACAACCGCAAAUCUAUCGUGUUUUUAUGUGAGAGAUCGAAAAUACGGUUACAAAAAAUAUGACAAACCACCACCGGAACCUGAGAAGUUGAGCGUCUUUGGCCAAAUGCGCGAAGGAUGGCGCAAACUUAAAGAAGAAUUCGGUCUUUGGAUAGAAGAAAUGAAAGAAAAUUAUCAAACGGAUCCUAGUUUGAUAUACAGACGAGGUGAGGUCGAUGUUGUAUGGCGAUUCAAGGAUGAUCCGAAAUCGCUGGAUCAGUGGAUAGUAACAUGUGACAGUGAUUACAAUGAAGGCUAUUCGACAGCUAAAUUAGAAAUGUCUUCCAUUGGCACAGGUGUGUUUUCUGGUGUGCUGAGUAAUCGUUUGCCCAAAGAUGGCAGACUAGCCUACGCUGGCUACUGUAACAUUACCACAAUACCUAAAUACAAAUCUUUUAACCGUGAGGCGGCUUACGAUUGGUCGCCAGGUGGUCCAUAUUGGCAAUAUGUCAAAAUGCCAUUUUCCAAAUUUGUGUUUGUUAGUAGAGGCAGGAUACAGGACAAUCAAUACUCCAUUAUGCUUAACGACGUCAAGAACUUGGGCAUAACAUUAGCAGAUGAUGUUUCUGGUCAUUUCAGACUGGAAAUCGAUUACAUUGGUCUAGAGCAUGAUAUAUAUGAAUAUGAGGAGAAUGCUUACGAAACUUAUGAUUUUAAAGGAGUCAGAUUUUAA